UCUGUCAACAUAGUCAUAGAAAAUCUGCACAGUAUAGAGCUGAAUCUGUUACGUGAUUAAGCUAAACUAAAAUUAGUUUGAUUUCAUCUGAAACUGUAACCAGACGUAGUACACUUCAUCGCUUGAUAACGGGUCAAAUAUUUCAACUUUAAGAAAUUUCGAUUAAUUGAUAAGCAUUAUGGAACAGCAAACCCGUAUCCUAACCAUGCUGAAAUCACCAGCGCAAGUACCACCUUCUUUCCCCCCGCAGCUGCCCGGCAAACCGGUGUCCAUCAACAGCAACAUGCCCGAGUCCAUGCCCCGAGAAAUGCCGCCUGGUAUGGCUGCGGGUCCGCCGGGGGUGACGGCAGGUCCUCCAGUAGGUGCUGAUGGGGAAACAAUCAUGGCCUUCGGUCAUCGUAUGGCCCAGACCAUCAACGCCGGUUUUCUGACCUUGUCUAUUGCUGUUGGACGUCAGACAGGAUUAUUCGAGGCCAUGGGCAGCUUUCAUGGACAACCCAAAACUUCACAAGAAAUAGCCGACAGAGCAGGGCUUAAAGAAAGAUAUGUUCGUGAGUGGCUUGGUGCCAUGUUAACUUCUCAAAUCGUCGAGGUCGAAGGAAGAGACCGCUUUUUUCUGCCGCCACACCGAGCCAUCUUUCUCGGCCGAGACGGGCCAGGAGAAGAACUCGCCAUUCUCGCGUGUGCCUUACCCGUGCAGAGUCAAGUCUUUGAGAAUAUCGUCGAGUGCUUUAGGAAAGAUGGUCCGCGAGGUGUGCCUUAUGAUUACUUCGACAAAUUCCACGGGUUCAUGAGCCAGUGUUCCAAUAUCUGGUGGGGCAAGAACUUGGUCAACUGCUUCCUCCCAACUGUACCUGGUCUAACGGAGAAACUUGAAUCUGGUAUCACAGUUCUGGACGUUGGUUGUGGAGAAGGCGGUGCAUCUAUUCUCAUGGCCAAGCAGUAUCCUAACUCACGGUUCAUAGGAAUCGACAUCUGCAGCUACGCUAUCCAACAGGCCAAGGGUUACGCCAUCGACGCCGAGGUAGAGAACGUCGACUUCCAGAUCAUGGAUGCCCACUUAAUGCCGGACGAAUGGGAGUUCAAGUUCGACUACGUCCUCGCUAGCGAUUCCCUGCAUGACAUGGCACAUGUGGGCGUCGUGUUGCGAGAGAUACAGAAAGUGCUCAAACCCAAUUGCCACAUGUCUGUCCUGGAGGUUAACGCCCGUUCCGACAUCGUCGACAACUUAUCGAUGCCGUUUGCCUCCACGUUCUACACCAACAGUCUCUUUCACUGCAUGACGGUAUCGCUGUCGGCCGACGGCGGGGAAGGGCUCGGCAACAUGUGGGGACGGGAGAAGGCCACGGCUGCGCUGACCGAAGGCGGAUUCACGGUCAUCGACGAGUCCGUUCCCGAGGGCUGGUUCAAUAUACACUACGUCUGCAUCAAAACUGACAAGAAGGGCCGUUCGUCUUCUGACAGCGCAACUUCGACGCGUACAUUAAAACCGGACGACUGAUCGAACAUGAGAUGUCAAUGAUUUAAGACAUGGAACUAAAAUUCGGGAAGAGCAUUGUGCCUCAAUCCUGACACAUAUAAAACUGACUAUUAUUCAACCACCGGAGGAUAUCGUCACCUAUGACUGCUAUGAGAAAGACGUAUUCCGUGAAAAAAUGUUAAGAAUUUCCUGAUUCCACCGCCAUUUUGAUAAGCAAACACGUACACUUUUUAAUUAAUAGCUGCCAGGAGGUAAAAGUUGUAAAAUGUACAUAAUAAAAAUCAUGAAUGACAAGAAAUAUGCAGUCUGGCUGAAAUGGAAUUGUUUCAAUCAUGGUAUUGUACAGUUUUGAAACUCUCCUAAACCAUCGUUAUUUAUUUUCAUAAGAUAGCAACUUUAUAGCGCCUGUAUAUACAGAAGUAUUGUAUUCACAAAGUAAAAUAUUGUGUAUCAUGUAUAUCGGGAAAUGUACAAAAAAAAAUAAGUAGCUCUCUCCACAAAUUUAUUGGAACUAUCUUCAAUGAUUAUGAAAUCAAAAAUGGGAACCCUCUAGGUAUAUGGUAAACAUCAAUGUGACUAUAAACUAAUUUAGAUUCUUUAUUAGGUUCGGAUACUGCUCAAAGUUUGGAGGUUUUUCAAAAUUAUCCAAUUACUUGAUGUGGUAUAAUGUAUGUUAAAGACUGAUAAAUAAGCAUGACUUUACAAAGACGUCAUUGCAAGAUACAUUUGUUAAAGCAAUAUUUGCUACCUUCGUUCAUUAUAGUUUUCCAAUGAUUUUUAGUCUCAAUAUAUUCAUUCACGACGUUAAGAUGAGAACCAUAAAUCGAAUUUACUUGUGUUUUACUCAACCUGUGUUUCUAAGUUGUUCUAAAGUAAUCACCAGUGAUCAUAUUUAUUUUAUCAAUUCUGCAUGUAUUCAAUCAAAGUUGUGUAUUUACACUAUUCUUAUUCAUGUCUUUGUAAAUUGUUUGGUAAGAAAUACUAUAAUUCUGAAUCGUAAAACUGUGUGAAUGUUUUUUCACUACACUCCCAGUUCCCUAUCUGUCUAUCUAUCUAACUAAGUAUCUUCUCCCGGUUCGGAGGUUGAUUGCAGCAUCUCUCCAUUUCACUCUAUCUUCUGCCAUUCUGAUGCA